AUGUUGAUUCAGAUUCCUCGCUUCACAAACUCCCUCAGAAACCCCUUCGAUGUCGACCAAGCCUACAUCCAUCGCAAAACCCUACUCCACAAUCAAAAUCCUCGCAAUUCUGCGAACUCGCUUGAUGAAUCGGUACUUGCACGGAAGAUCGUGGUUGGAUGGGAAGAAGCUUCGUGGGAAGUGAGGCAGGCGUACAAGCAGUUUAUAGGAGCAGUGGUGGAGCUGACUGAUGGCGAAAUGCGCUCUGAGGAGUUCCAUGAAGUGGCGCUGACCGUGUACCGCCAUUUCGGCAGGCCGAUGGAGGAUGAGGAUUAUCUUGAUAGAAUUAUUGCGGAUAAGAAGUUAGAAUUGCAAAAGCUUGUUGGUCAUGCUAUUGCCGAUACAAAGUUGAGGCAUGUUGCGUCUCUAGCACAGAAUCUUCUGAACUUGCAGCCUAGCAAUAAACGCCCUGCCUUGUCUUCGGAAAGAAAUCUGGAUGAUAAUGAGGAUUUGGAAUUCGGGGCUGAUUUUGUUUUCCAAGCACCAACGCGUUUUUUGGUUGAUGUAUCAUUUGAUAAUGUAGAUAUGAUGGAUUUCAGGAGCACACUUCCUGUAUCAUUUCAUGAAGAACAAUAUGCUCUUACUAUUCCAACAGAUCAGUCUGUUGAUGCAGAAAAGUUCAACUUGACUUGGUUAAGAGAAGCAUGUGAUAAAAUAGCUAGGAAUUCUAAUUCUCAGAUAUCCCGAGAUGAAUUAGCAAUGGCCAUCUGUAGGGUUCUUAAUUCAGAAAAGCCUGGUGAAGAGAUAGCAGGAGAUCUGUUAGAUCUGGCUGGUGAUAGUGCAUUUGAAACUGUGCAAAAUCUUCUAUUGCAUCGAAAGGAGAUUGUUGAUUCAAUUAAUCAUGGCUUGUCAGUAUUGAAGUCUGAUAAAAAUGCUCCAAAUUCUCAGUCUCGUAUGCCUAGUUAUGGGACGCAGGUUAUCGUUCAAACAGAGUCAGAAAAGCAAAUUGACAAGCUUCGGCGCAAGGAGGAAAAGCGAAACAGAAGGGGAAUAGAAUAUGGCGGUGAUGGUGACUUAUCUGCAUCUGACUUCUCGUCUUUACUACAAGCAAGUGAGAGGAAGAAUUUAUUUGAUGAUUUGAUUGGUUCUGGGGAUAAGUCCCAGUCAAUAGCCGUAACUGCUCUUCCUGAAGGAACUGCGAGAAAGCAUUUUAAAGGGUAUGAAGAGGUUACCAUUCCUCCUAAACCAACAGCGCCAAUGAAACCUGGAGAAAAGCUGAUUGAGAUAAGGGAGUUAGAUGACUUUGCUCAAGCUGCGUUCCGUGGUUACAAAACGCUAAACCGUAUCCAGAGCAGAAUAUUUCAAACUGUUUAUGGCACUAAUGAGAAUAUACUGGUGUGUGCUCCCACAGGAGCUGGGAAAACUAACAUAGCCAUGAUUUCAAUUCUACAUGAGAUCGGACAGCAUUUUAGGGAUGGUUACUUGCACAAAGAUGAAUUUAAGAUAGUUUAUGUGGCUCCAAUGAAGGCUUUGGCUGCGGAAGUCACAUCAGCAUUUAGCCAACGUCUAUCUCCUUUGAAUAUGGUUGUCAGGGAGCUAACUGGAGAUAUGCAGCUUUCUAAGAAUGAACUUGAAGAAACUCAGAUGAUAGUGACAACCCCUGAGAAAUGGGAUGUCAUUACUCGCAAGAGUAGUGACAUGUCACUCUCUAUGCUGGUAAAGCUCUUGAUCAUCGAUGAAGUGCACCUACUCAAUGAUGAUAGAGGUCCUGUAAUAGAGGCCCUAGUUGCUAGGACCCUACGGCAGGUGGAGUCAACUCAAACAAUGAUACGCAUUGUGGGCCUUUCUGCCACUCUUCCCAAUUACCUGGAGGUUGCUCAAUUUCUUAGAGUAAAUGCAGAUACAGGUCUUUUCUUCUUUGAUUCUAGUUAUCGUCCAGUGCCUCUUGCACAACAGUAUAUUGGAAUUAGUGAGCCAAAUUUCGCAGCUCGAAAUGAAUUGUUGAAUGAUAUAUGUUAUAAGAAGGUUGUUGAUUCUAUCAGGCAAGGUCAUCAGGCAAUGGUAUUUGUCCAUUCACGGAAAGACACUACAAAGACUGCUGAGAAGCUGGUUGAGCUUGCUCGGAGGAGUGAGGAUUUGGAACUCUUUGGAAAUGAUACUCAUCCACAGUUUAACUUAAUGAAGAAGGAAGUAAUUAAAUCCAGAAACAGAAAUCUUGUUGAACUUUUUGAAUAUGGCAUGGGUGUUCAUCAUGCUGGGAUGUUACGUGCAGAUAGAGGGCUUACUGAGCGGCUUUUCUCUGAGGGUCUCCUGAAGGUACUUGUCUGUACAGCAACAUUGGCAUGGGGUGUCAAUCUUCCUGCUCACACAGUUGUCAUUAAGGGUACCCAAUUGUAUGAUCCAAAAGCUGGUGGGUGGCGAGAUCUGGGUAUGCUUGAUGUUAUGCAGAUAUUUGGCCGAGCUGGCAGACCUCAGUUUGACAAAAGUGGUGAAGGUAUCAUAAUUACAUCUCAUGAUAAACUAGCUUAUUAUCUGCGACUGCUGACAAGUCAACUCCCUAUAGAAAGCCAGUUCAUUAGCUCCUUGAAAGAUAAUUUGAAUGCAGAGGUGGCAUUGGGUACUGUAACUAAUGUCAAAGAAGCCUGUGCAUGGCUUGGCUAUACCUAUCUCUUCAUACGGAUGAGGAUGAAUCCAUUGGCAUAUGGUAUAGGAUGGGAUGAGGUGAUGGCAGAUCCUGGCUUAACGUCUAAGCAAAGAUCUUUUGUAAUUGAUGCUGCACGUGCACUCGAUAAAGCUAAAAUGAUGCGGUUUGAUGAGAAAAGUGGCAAUUUUUACUGUACUGAGCUUGGUCGCAUUGCAAGCCAUUUUUACAUACAAUAUUCCAGUGUUGAAACAUAUAAUGAAAUGUUGAGACGCCACAUGAGUGACAGUGAGGUGAUUAGCAUGGUUGCACAUUCAUCUGAAUUUGAGAAUAUUGUUGUUCGAGAAGAAGAACAGAAUGAGCUAGAGAUGUUGGUUCGCUCAUCAUGUCCAUUAGAAGUUAGGGGUGGUCCUUCCAAUAAACAUGGAAAGAUAUCCAUUUUGAUUCAGUUGUAUAUAUCUCGAGGGUCUAUAGAUUCUUUUUCUUUGGUAUCUGAUGCUGCAUACAUAAGUGCAAGCUUAGCUCGUAUAAUGCGGGCUUUAUUUGAGAUUUGUCUGCGAAGGGGCUGGUGUGAAAUGUCUUUGUUUAUGUUGGAAUAUUGCAAAGCUGUGGAUCGCCAAGUUUGGCCACACCAACAUCCUCUUAGACAGUUUGAUAAGGACAUUUCUGGAGAGAUAUUGCGGAAGCUCGAAGAACGUGGGGCUGACCUAGAUCGCCUGUUGGAGAUGGAGGAAAAAGACAUUGGGGCGUUAAUUCGUUAUGCACCUGGAGGAAAAUUGGUCAAGCAAUACCUGGGGUAUUUUCCAUCAAUUCAGUUAUCAGCGACAGUCAGUCCGAUAACUAGAACUGUUCUGAAGGUUGAUUUGGUGAUAAUGCCUGUUUUCAUUUGGAAAGAUCGUUUUCAUGGUACUGCUCAACGCUGGUGGAUUUUGGUAGAGACUUUCCUUCACUGUGCCCAUAUUUGAACCACACCCGCCACAGUAUUACAUUCAUGCUAUUUCUGAUUCUUGGCUUCAAGCAGAAGCAUUCUACACUAUUACUUUUCAUAAUUUACCAUUGCCAGAGGCUAGGACUUCUCACACUGAACUCCUUGAUUUAAAACCUCUUCCUGUGUCUUCCCUAGGCAAUGUUGCUUAUGAAGCGUUAUAUAGAUUUUCACAUUUUAAUCCUAUACAAACACAGAUUUUUCAUGUCUUGUAUCACACGGACAAUAAUGUUCUAUUAGGAGCUCCAACUGGAAGUGGUAAAACUAUAUCUGCUGAGCUUGCUAUGCUUCAUCUUUUCAACACGCAGCCUGAUAUGAAGGUUAUUUAUAUAGCACCUUUGAAGGCUAUUGUCAGGGAAAGAAUGGGUGAUUGGCAAAGGCGUCUUGUCUCUCAGCUAGGGAAAAAGAUGGUUGAAAUGACAGGAGACUAUACACCAGAUUUGAUGGCCCUUUUGUCUGCAGAUAUCAUCAUAUCUACCCCUGAAAAAUGGGAUGGUAUCAGUCGUAAUUGGCAUACACGCAGCUAUGUCACAAAGGUUGGACUCAUGAUAUUGGAUGAGAUUCACUUAUUGGGAGCUGAUCGUGGACCCAUACUUGAGGUUAUUGUUUCUAGGAUGAGAUACAUAUCAUCACAAACAGAGCGAGCAAUAAGAUUUGUUGGCCUCUCUACAGCUCUAGCAAAUGCUGGUGAUCUAGCUGAUUGGUUAGGCGUUGAGGAGACUGGCCUCUUCAAUUUCAAGCCAAGUGUGAGACCUGUACCUCUGGAGGUUCAUAUCCAGGGCUAUCCUGGAAAGUAUUAUUGCCCAAGGAUGAACAGUAUGAAUAAACCAGCGUAUGCAGCAAUAUGCACACAUUCACCUGCUAAACCUGUUCUUAUAUUUGUCUCUUCACGACGCCAGACAAGGCUGACUGCACUGGACCUAAUUCAGUUUGCUGCCUCAGACGAGCAUCCAAGGCAGUUCCUUGAUAUGCCAGAAGAUGCACUGCAGAUGGUUCUGUCCCAAGUCUCUGACCAAAACCUGAGGCAUACUUUACAAUUUGGUAUUGGGUUACACCAUGCAGGCCUGAAUGACAAAGACAGAUCAUUGGUUGAGGAACUUUUUGCAAACAACAAGAUUCAGAUACUGGUUUGUACCAGCACAUUGGCUUGGGGUGUGAAUCUUCCAGCUCAUCUAGUGAUUAUCAAGGGUACAGAAUACUAUGAUGGAAAAUCAAAGAGGUAUGUAGAUUUUCCAAUCACUGAUAUCUUGCAAAUGAUGGGUCGUGCUGGAAGGCCUCAGUUUGAUCAGCAUGGGAAAGCAGUGAUUCUUGUUCAUGAACCAAAGAAGAGCUUCUAUAAAAAGUUCUUGUAUGAACCUUUUCCAGUUGAAAGUAGUCUGAGGGAGCACCUGCAUGAUCACCUCAAUGCUGAAAUUAUUUCUGGAACCAUUUGCAAUAAACAAGAUGCAGUGCACUACCUUACAUGGACUUACUUAUUCCGUAGACUGAUGGUUAAUCCUGCUUACUAUGGAUUGGAGAAUGCCGACCCUGAAUUUAUCAGUUCAUAUCUGUCUAGUCUAGUACAGAGUACAUUUGAGGACUUGGAAGACAGUGGAUGCAUAAAAAUGAAUGAAGACACUGUAGAAUCAAUGAUGUUGGGUUCAAUAGCAUCUCAGUAUUACCUAAGCUACAUGACAGUAUCAAUGUUUGGUUCAAACAUAGGUCCUGAUACAUCACUUGAAGUGUUUUUGCACGUCUUAUCUGCUGCUUCCGAAUUUGAUGAACUCCCUGUGCGUCAUAAUGAGGAAAAAUACAAUGAAGGACUGUCUCAGAAAGUUAAAUAUCCAGUGGAUAACAACCGUUUGGAUGACCCCCAUGUCAAAGCAAAUCUUCUAUUUCAGGCUCAUUUCUCUCAGUUGGACUUACCAAUUAGUGACUAUGUCACGGACUUGAAGUCAGUAUUAGAUCAGAGUAUACGCAUAAUUCAGGCCAUGAUUGAUAUAUGUGCAAACAGUGGUUGGCUUUCAAGCUCACUCACUUGCAUGCAUCUUCUGCAAAUGGUCAUGCAGGGGCUGUGGUUUGAAAAGGACUCUUCCUUAUGGAUGCUGCCAUGCAUGAAUGCUGAUCUAAUGCAAUCCCUUAGCAGAAGUGGAAUUUCCAGUGUACAGGAAUUACUAGAUAUUCCCAAGGCAUCCUUGCAAAAUGUAACAGGAAGUUUUCCGGCUUCAAGAUUGUACCAGGACCUACAGCACUUCCCUCGUGUUAAAAUGAAGUUAAAGCUUCAGAAGAAGGAAACUAAUGGUGAGAGCUCUGAUGCAUUGUACAUCAGAUUGGAGAAGUCCAAUUCUAGACGACACUCCUCUCGAGCAUUUGUACCUCGAUUUCCAAAGAUAAAAGAAGAGCAGUGGUGGUUGGUUCUUGGUAAUACCUCUACAUCUGAGUUAUAUGCAUUGAAGCGAGUGUCUUUUUCUGAUCAGUUGGUUACCUUGAUGAAGCUGCCUCAUACACCAUCCAACCUUAAGGGUAUGAAACUCAUAUUAGUCUCAGAUUGUUACAUUGGAUUUGAGCAAGAACACUCCAUUGAAGGACUUAUUGGAGGCCGGCAUUAGCAAAACAUUAGAAGUUGAGUCAUCACUGUCCACUAGCUUUGAACUAUGGUAUAUGUUAUUGUUCAAAUAUACAGUUUCCUUGUUGUAGGGGUGAGGGUAGUUAGGUAAUUGUAAAAGGUAAAUGUAUUUGUUACGAUAAUGGGAUAUUUUUUUGGUGCAGCUAUGGUGAAGAGGAAAAAUAGUAGAGAUACAAAUUUAUUUUGAUAGAUAGAUAUUAGAUAGAUACUUACCUAUGAGAAUGUGCCAUUUUAUUUUUAUUAAUUUUUUGAAGUAAAUUUAUAUACUCCAUUUUCUUAACACAAA